AUGGACUCCAAAACUAUCGGUAUUCUCGGAGGCGGCCAGCUCGGUCGUAUGAUCGUCGAAGCCGCCAACAGACUCAAUGUGAAAACCCUUAUCUUGGAUGCCCCAAACAGUCCUGCCAAACAGAUCAACGCCAGUCCCGACCAUGUGGACGGUUCGUUCACCGACUACGACUCCAUCGUCAAGCUCGCAGAGAAGUGUGACGUGUUGACUGUCGAGAUCGAGCACAUCGACGUGGAAGCCUUGAAGAAGGUGGCCCAGAAGUUCCCCAACCUCCAAAUGUAUCCAUUGCCAGAAACCAUCAAGCUCAUCCAGGACAAGUACUUGCAAAAGAAGCACUUGAUCGAGCACGACGUGGAGGUGGUUGAGUCCAUCGAUGUUGCCGAAAACUCAGUCGACGCCUUGCUGGCCAUUGGCGACCAGUUCGGCUACCCGUUCAUGUUGAAGUCACGGACGUUGGCUUACGACGGCAGAGGCAACUUUGUGGUCAAGAACAAGGACAGUCUCGCCCAGGCGUUGGAGUUCUUGAAGGACAGGCCGUUGUACGCGGAAAAGUGGUGUCCAUUCACCAAGGAGCUUGCGGUUAUGGUGGUAAGAUCCAUCGACGGUGAAGUUUUCGCCUACCCCACGGUGGAAACCAUCCACAAGAACAACAUCUGCCACUUGGUAUAUGCUCCUGCCAGAACCUCGGAUACUAUAGCGAAGAAAGCAUCGAUUUUGGCUAAGAACGCCGUCAAAUCGUUCCCAGGAUGUGGUAUUUUUGGUGUCGAAAUGUUCUUGUUGCCCAACAACGAGUUGUUGAUCAACGAAAUUGCUCCCAGACCUCACAACUCGGGUCACUACACCAUCGAUGCCUGUGUGACCUCCCAGUUCGAGGCCCAUGUGAGAGCAGUUGCUGGAUUGCCCAUGCCAAAGGACUUCACUCAAUUGUCCACUUCCACCACCAAUGCCAUCAUGUUGAACGUUUUGGGCGACUCUGUCCCAAAUAAGGAACUCGAGACUUGCCGCAAGGCGUUGGAGACCCCCAACGCCUCGGUCUACCUCUACGGAAAGGCUACCAGACCCGAAAGAAAGAUGGGCCACAUCAACAUUGUUUCUUCGUCCAUGGAAGACGCUCAAAACAGACUCAAUUACAUAUUGGGCGAGUCUGAGUCUAUUCCAUCCACCUUGGCCUCGAAAGAAAAGCCUUUGGUGGGUAUAAUCAUGGGCUCAGACUCCGAUUUGCCAGUGAUGUCUGUAGGAGCCGAUAUUCUCAAGAAGUUUGGUGUUCCUUUCGAAUUGACCAUUGUCAGUGCCCACAGAACGCCUCACAGAAUGUCCCAGUAUGCCAUUGAGGCUGCCAAGAGAGGCAUCAAGUGUAUCAUUGCUGGUGCUGGAGGUGCUGCACACUUGCCUGGAAUGGUGGCUGCCAUGACUCCCUUGCCCGUUAUUGGUGUUCCUGUUAAGGGAUCAGUCUUGGAUGGUGUCGACUCCUUGCACUCGAUUGUGCAAAUGCCUAGAGGCAUUCCUGUGGCCACUGUGGCCAUCAACAACAGUACCAAUGCUGCGUUGUUGGCCAUCAGAAUUUUGGGGGCUUUCGACUACAAAUGGCUUGACAAAAUGAGCCAGUACUUGAACACGAUGGAGGAGGAAGUGUUGGGCAAGGCUGAGGUGUUGGAAGACAUUGGCUACGAGCAGUACUUGAGCGAGAAGUUGAAGAAGUAG